UUUUGAAAAGAUUAGCCGGACGUUCAGCACUUUACCUGAGCCAUCUCGUUUCGUGAGAACUGAACGGUAAACCUGGCUGGUUGGUUGGGCACACUCGCGCUGGUUGCACUCUGAAGUUUAAACGUCUACGAAGCUGUGUCUCCCCUCUCUUAAAAUCAAGACAGAGCGCGUAGAUUUUGACCGGCAAACAAACAUUUUCCCUCACAUAUUUUACCACAACGCCAUUUGUUUUUUUGGCGAAGGACUCACGCCGAAUAUGACUCAAGCGCUUCGGCACAACCCGCGGCGACUUCUCCUCUGAUUCACUGUGUUUGUCUGGCGACGGAAUAUAACGCUUUAAUGACAUUUUCACGCACGGAUAAGGAGACUUGCUGAAUGAAACUUUGUGCCGUUUCUCCCGGAGAGGUGAAGAAGCUCCACUUGGUGCCGUUUUUCUGUAGUGAGCGAGUUGACUGACGCUGCGGACCGCUGAAUGGGACGCACUUAAAAAUGGUUGGUCACCUCAAGUUCCAGGUCGGGAGGUUAACAACAAUGUCAGGGGUCGCCCGUUUUGGAAAAUGAUUGCUGGCAGCACCGACGGUAAAAUAAUGGUCAGAAGAUGUCUAGUAACGUUCAAACCGUUCAGGAUAUUCGUGGUGGGAAUAGGCUUCUUCAGCCUGUGCUUUCUAAUGACCUCUCUGGGGGGCCAGUUCUCAGCAAAGAGACUGGGGGACUCUCCUUUCACCAUCCGCACAGAAGUGCUGGGAGGCAUGGAGUCACGUGGUGUGCUGAGGAAGAUUAGUGACAUGUUGGAGGUGAUUCUAAAGAGGAUGGACAGUUUGUCCAAACUUGACAACACCUCCACCACUGAUGCGAGGCGCCUGGAUGAGCUCAGCUCUGCCAUAAACAGGUUUCAGCCAGCCAGCCUGGUGGAGAGGAUCCAAGCUAUUGCCCAGAAUGUCUCUAACAUGGCCAUCAGGGUGGAGCAGAUACUACAAAACAGUAUGGUGCAAGGCAGAGUGGUGAGAGAUGGGUCGGCAAGUCAGUGUGAAGUACCAAGAGAUCCUCGCUUCCCGGAGUGUCCUGGAAAAGUAGAUUGGAUGCGGGCACGGUGGACAUCAGAUCCUUGCUAUGCUUUCUAUGGCGUUGAUGGUUCAGACUGCUCCUUCCUCAUCUACCUGAGUGAGGUGGAGUGGUUCUGCCCCCCACUUGCCUGGAGGAACCACAGCAGCCCCCCUACCCAGCAUACUCAGCAGGCAAAGUCCCCCAAGAGACAAGCUGCCUUCCGCACAGAUCUCUCUGUCUUGCUGGACCAGGUCGGGACAGGUAAGGAGUCCCUCAGCUUCAUGAAGCGUCGAAUCCGGCGACUUGCACAACAGUGGGCGACAGCUGCAAAUCGUCUGGAUGCCAAAUUGGAGCAACGAUGGAGAGACCAGAAGAAGAUCUUGGUUCAUGUAGGCUUCCUAACUGAGGAGUCUGGAGGUUUCAGUCCCAAGGUGCUGAAGGGGGGGCCUCUUGGAGAGAUGGUCCAGUGGGCUGACAUCCUGACUGCACUCCAUGUUCUGGGACACAACCUCAAGAUCUCCAUGUCUGUCAAGGAGCUUCAGGGGUUCCUCGGCGUCCCCCCAGGCAGAGGCAGUUGCCCACUCACUGGUCCGUUGCCCUUUGACCUCAUCUACACAGACUACCAUGGCCUGCAGCAGAUGAAGCAACACAUGGGGCUCUCACUCAAGAAACACAAGUGUCAUAUUCGAGUGAUUGACACCUUUGGCACAGAGCCUGCUUAUAAUCAUGAGGAGUAUGCAACUCUGCACGGCUACCGGACCAACUGGGGCUACUGGAACCUCAACGCCAGGCAGUACAUGACUAUGUUCCCUCACACGCCAGACAACUCAUUCAUGGGCUUUGUUUCGGAGGAGCUGAAUGAGACGGAGAAGAGGAGCAUCCAACAGAACAAAGUCAACAACAUGGCUGUAGUGUACGGGAAAGAAGCCAGCAUGUGGAAGCUUCAGGGUAAAGAAGGUUUCCUCCAGAUUCUCCAUAGCUACAUGGAAGUCCAUGGCACAGUCUACUAUGAGACCCAAAGACCUCCAGAGGUCCCAGCCUUUGUAAAGAACCAUGGCCUACUGCCCCAGCAUGAGCUGCAGCAAUUAUUACGCAAGGCCAAGCUUUUCAUUGGCUUUGGGUUCCCCUACGAGGGCCCGGCCCCUCUUGAAGCUAUAGCCAAUGGUUGCAUUUUCCUCCAGCCCAAGUUCAACCCGCCCCACAGUUCACUAAAUCACGUUUUCCGAGGCAAGCCUACAUCUAGAGAGGUAUUCUCCCAGCACCCUUACGCAGAGCAGUACAUUGGUCGACCUCAUGUCAUGACAGUGGACUACAACAACUCACUGGAGUUUGACGCUGCUAUCAAGGAAAUCAUGAGGACUAAGGUUGAGCCUUAUCUGCCUUAUGAGUACACCUGCGAGGGGAUGCUAGAAAGAGUACAUGCCUACAUACAGCAUCAGGAUUUCUGUGCCCCAGAGCCUCCCUUCAUUCCAGCCAACCUCUCAAGAAAGGGGUCUGCUGGUGGCAGCAGGAUGAUGGGACCUCUGUUUGUGCCCCUGGCCAACACUACAGCUCUUGGCUGGGCAUCCAAUAUGACAGCUCCCACUGCCUGGCCUCCUCUCAGCUCCCUCAGGCUGCUUGUAUCUCAAGAGGGCCAGUCUUGUGUGGAGGCCUGCCAGUCAGCUGGUUUCAUCUGUGAACCUGCUCACUUUCGCUUCAUCAACAACAAGGAGGCUCUGCGCGGGCUGGACAUACAGUGUGAAGUGGUAGACUCUGAGGUUAACCACAUCCUGCCAGCCUUCUCGGUGAUGCGGCGGGAGUGUGGCCUUCAGAGGGAACCCCUACUAUUCAGCUGUGCAGGACGCUCCCCUAAGUACAGACGUCUUUGCCCCUGCAGGGACUUCCGCCACGGGCAGGUGGCGCUGUGCAGGGACUGUCUAUAAUGACAGAACACGUGAAGGAGACAGAAAGAA